AAUGAGCGCGGCGGUGGGCGGGCCUCUCCCGUCCAUUGUUCUCGGUGCCCCACGGGCUGGAGCCCAGGUAAAUCCGAAGGGGCCGGGCCGAGCCCGGGGGCGCUUUCGCGGGCGCAGCAUCCCCCAGAGCAGGACCUGGUCUCCGGAGAGCAGGACUACUUGUUGAGAUUUGAGGAGGGAGGUGUCUUCUCAGAGAGCCUGGCUGGAGGAGACUGAGUCAAUGCUUGAAGCCUGAGUGAUCGCCCCAGGAACGUGGAUGAUGGCUGCAGAGGCACCGAGAGUGACCACUCCCCUUAGCCCCUUGGUGCAGGUGCCUCAAGAAGAAAAUGGACAGGAGGAGGAGGUCACCACUAUGAUCCUGGAGGAUGACUCCUGGGUUCAGGAAGCUGUGCUGCAGGAGGAUGGCCCUGAGUCCGAGCCCUUUCCCCAGAGUGCUGGCAAGGGCAGCCCCCAGGAGGAGGCAGUGGCCGGGGGACCGCAGGGUGCACUCAGCCGCCUCCGAGAGCUCUGUCGGCGCUGGCUGAGGCCAGAGGUGCACACCAAGGAGCAGAUGUUGACCGUGCUGCCGAGGGAAAUUCAGGCUUGGCUACAAGAGCAUAGGCCCGAAGGCAGCGAGGAGGCAGUAGCCUUGGUGGAAGACUUGACCCAGACCCUUCAGGAAAGUGAUUUUGAGAUGCAGAGUGAAAAUGGGGAGAACUCUAAUCAAGACAUGUUUGAGGAUGUCGAGUCACAUGAGUUGUUCUCAAAGAUGCCUGAAGUGGAAGGCGUUCAGCAAUCCGAUGGGGAAAGUGACUGUGAGAGAGACUGUGGCACUGGGGGGCCCCAGAGAAGUGCCCCCGGUGAGGACCACGGGGAGGUGCCGUCCCACGGCAGGGAAGUGGGCCAGCUCAUAGGCCUUCAGGGCACCUACCUGGGCGAGAAGCCCUAUGAAUGUCCCCAGUGUGGGAAGACUUUCAGCCGGAAAUCCCACCUAAUCACACAUGAACGGACCCACACGGGAGAGAAAUACUACAAAUGUGACGAAUGUGGGAAAAGCUUUAGUGACGGUUCAAACUUCAGUAGACACCAAACUACUCACACUGGGGAGAAACCUUAUAAAUGCAGGGAUUGUGGGAAGAGCUUUAGCCGGAGUGCAAACCUCAUCACCCACCAGAGGAUCCACACGGGAGAGAAACCCUUCCAGUGUGCCGAGUGCGGCAAGAGUUUCAGCAGGAGCCCCAAUCUCAUUGCUCACCAGCGCACCCACACGGGAGAGAAGCCGUACUCGUGCCCGGAGUGUGGGAAGAGCUUUGGCAACCGGUCCAGCCUCAACACACAUCAGGGAAUCCACACUGGAGAAAAGCCCUACGAAUGUAAGGAAUGCGGCGAAAGCUUUAGUUACAACUCGAACCUAAUCAGACACCAGAGAAUCCACACAGGAGAGAAACCAUACAAAUGUACUGACUGCGGGCAGAGGUUCAGCCAGAGCUCGGCUCUCAUCACCCACCGGAGAACUCACACGGGAGAAAAGCCCUAUCAGUGCGGUGAGUGCGGGAAAAGCUUUAGCCGCAGCUCCAAUCUGGCCACCCACCGGAGAACCCACAUGGUGGAGAAGCCCUAUAAGUGUGGGGUGUGCGGGAAGAGCUUCAGCCAGAGCUCCAGCCUGAUCGCACACCAGGGCAUGCACACGGGGGAGAAACCCUACGAGUGCCUGACAUGCGGGGAGAGCUUCAGCUGGAGCUCCAACCUCCUCAAGCACCAGAGGAUCCACACGGGAGAGAAGCCCUACAAAUGUGGCGACUGCGGGAAGUGCUUCAGCCAGCGCUCGCAGCUGGUGGUGCACCAGCGGACCCACACGGGCGAGAAGCCCUACAAAUGCCUCAUGUGUGGGAAGAGCUUCAGCCGGGGCUCCAUCCUGGUCAUGCACCAGAGAGCCCACUUGGGAGACAAGCCCUACAGGUGUCCCGAAUGUGGGAAAGGCUUUAGCUGGAAUUCGGUUCUCAUUAUACAUCAGCGAAUCCACACAGGGGAGAAGCCCUAUAAGUGCCCUGAGUGUGGCAAAGGGUUCAGCAAUAGCUCCAAUUUUAUUACGCAUCAGAGAACUCAUAUGAAAGAGAAACUUUAUUGAAGUGGCAAAGAGGGAAAGUGAGGCGACUGGCUGGAGAAGGAAUUGCCACACUGCCCCAAACAGCGAUGUCCCUUUAAAAGAGCCAUUCUUCCCAAAUGCUCUUUUGGGUUUUUGCCAGAAUCUCACCCUUGCUCAUCAUCAUUUCUAGAACCAUGUCAUCUUAGUGGUUGGAGUCAAGCCCCACACACGGUCAAGAACAGCGUGUAGGAGCAGAAGUUCUGCAAAGUUGGGUCUUUUUUGGUGACAUUUCAUGGCUUGAUUGGCCUCUCUCUCUUGAUUCCUCUGUGCCUCAGUUUCCUCUUUGGUGAAAUGGGGGGGAAAUAUUUCUCCAUGUGGAAUGGAAGAUAGCGUGGCCCACAACAUGGGCUGAGUCCUCAGAGAAAUACUGGAAGUCCAUUAAUGUGGUUCUGGUAGCUUUGCUGCCAUUUUGUUGGGCUUAGGUGCCUUCACCCCAAGCUGUUAGCAUCCAGGGCCCCUUGUCCAAGUUAGUAUCUGCUCUUCUGGCUUUGGUGUCUUGGGUUUUGGUUUCAGGUAAAGAUGGAAGGGCUUCUCCAAUUCUCAGUCACCUGUGUAAAGGUAAAGCCCCUUUGUAUUUCUAGAAAGUAUCAGGAGCGCAGAAACAUGAGGUCUGGCCUGGACCCAUUGUCCCAGUGUCCUUCCCAUUGAUAAGAGGUGGACAGGGCCUGCCCAGAAAGGUACCCAUUGCGGAGAUUUACAUGCUUGCUUUGGUCUCCGCUUACUGUCCUGUGGUAAGUCAGUUGCUGGGGGAACACACUGUUCUUGUGGGGUUUUGUUUGGAGUGUGUAAUGAAGUCAGAGACCCCCGGCUGCCUACCCAUAGUGGAUGGUCGUUUCUGUCUCGUCAGGAGUGCAGCAGUCCCACAUGCUAUGGGUGGGCUUGUGUCUUUACCGCCACAGAUACGUAGCCCCAUAAUCAUUUCUGAGUUACUCUACGCACUUAUUAUUUCCCUGUUCUUAAUAUUUUUCAUUUUAUAUAUGCAGACCUUGAAUUCUGCCUGGUAGCUUUUGUAUACUAAGAACAUUAUUUUUAAGGAAGUGCUGAUUGAGGACAUUAUCUGUCCCCUGGAGAGAUCUGGGCUUGAAUCAGGAGUUUGUCCUACAGAUGUCGCCCUUGAUCUUGGGAUACUACCAGGGCUUUGUUCUUGGGAUCCUCCAGCCUGAAACAGUGAAGAUGGGAAAGAUGACAGGUGAAGGGGUUUGUUAUGAGGGAAGAAGAGAGUAGCUGAGGUGUUUCUGGGAGAUGUGAGACUGCCUCCUCCCACACAUGGGGCCUGUGCUCCGAAUGGGCUUUGGUUCUUACAGGAUGGAUGCUCCAUGCUGCCUAAUAAAGUAGAGUCCCAUUCUUUUCUGGAGUCUGUCUUCUAACGCAUGUUAAAAACCUGAACAUGACUGUUAGCAA